GGACAACUUUUCCCCAACUUCUCUUUAACCUUCCUCACUGGGCCGUCAUUUUCAUUCAACUUUGGGCUUCUGUUCAGCACGGCGUGGCAGCAUGUCUGUCGGCCUUUUGCUCUUUUUGCUUCUGACAGGUUCGGCCAGCCAGCUGCAAUUGGUUAACUACCCAGAGCCGACGUGCGCGGCCCGCGGUUCCACCGUCACGCUGCCGUGCUUCUUCAAGCCCCAAGCGCUGGUGUUGCGGACGCUGUGGUGCAUCAAGCACGAAAUCUGCCAGGGCACCAAGCCGUCCCAGUCCGUCACCCACGUGGUGUACGACAGCAACAUCACUAAAAUAAACUCGCGCUACGACUACCUGGGAGACUUGAAGGGAAACUGCACGCUGCGGAUCCGUGACAUCCAGCAGGGUGACAACGAAAUCUUCCGAUUCCGGAUGGAAACCAUAGGAAAGCCUUUCACUCAAAGGAGCGGGGUAAAGGUCACCGUUGUCGAAGGCGAACCGAUGCGGGUGCUGAGCGUCGACCCCGGAUGGGCCCGCGAGGGCGAGGCGGUAACCCUGAACUGCACGUCGCGCUGCUCCUUCCUGGGUCUGGAUGUGAUGUGGCGACGGAACGGAGGCGAGCUCCCGGAGACCGGCCCCGCCCUCCGGCUGAGCAACCUGACGGCGGGCGAGACGGGCGGCUACACGUGCGCCCUCCGCAGGGACCCCAAAACAAGGUCGCCACCCUUCAACCUAACCGUGGAACCCCGCCUAAAUGACUCAUCCGCGUUGUCCGGCAUCUCCGUCAGCCUCUGGGCGGCGCUUGUCGCCGUUUUUGUCAUCGCAGCUGCCAUCGUUGUCAUCUUGUUCCUAGUCAAACGGAGGCGACGGCAGCGGACCCUUCACGCCGGAAAGGAGGGAUCGGGACAUGAAAACGUGUACGACGAACCGCCGCCGCACGCUAGUCGAAGCGGGCCAUACGGACAGGAAGUCGGUCAAGCUGCGGAGGAAGUCAACUACGCCGCUGUGCAGUUUCAGUCCAAACCCACGAGCAGGCCGGCGGCGGAGACCGACGAGGACGUGGUCUACUCGGCCGUCACCAAAACGCUCGCCUGAGACGCCGAUGGGAAGCGACGCCGCACGUUGAUAGGAAUUCACGCACCCAAACGAAGAGGCGUCACACUCGUCAAUAAAGUUUGAACAAAAACAAACGAGAUAGCGUGUCUGUUUAUGGUGAACAUCAUUUCCCGUUGCGCCUCGGACAGGUAACACCAAGUGAGUCAACUUCCUGCCGACUACCCUCAAAAUAGGAAGCGGCGGUCACCCGCUUGCCGAAGAGUAGAAGCGCAACGAUGUUUCAGUGUUGUUUUAUUUAAAUCAUUGUCUGAUUAAAUGUUAUGAUCUACUCG